AUGUCAGCGAUACCUCGCCAAAGAAAUUUUAAUGAUGAUAGUUUGCGUUUAGAGGCACUGACUCACAAAUCUUUUCAUUACGAAAACCCUUCAACCGGUCCUCACAACGAACGGUUAGAAUUCUUGGGUGAUUCCAUCGUCUCUUUUGUUGUAGCUAACUACUUGUUCGGUCGUUUCCCUCAUUUCAAAGAGGGGCAGCUUACUUUACUACGAUCCAAUCUAGUAUGUAAGAAAAAAUUGGCACAUUUUGCUCUCCAACUUGGCCUGGAUACAGAUAUCCGGCUAGGUGUUGGGGCUCUGAGAAACGGUGGAAGAACUAGUGAAAAAGUUUUGGAAGAUGCAUUUGAAGCAUAUAUUGGCGCAGUAUUUCUUGAUUCCGGUUCGAGCUUGUUUGCUGUUCAGGAGUUCAUGGAACCUUUAUUAUCUCCAGCGGUUAAUGAGUUGACCCGUUCCCUGCAGACUACGACGCUAACACAACAAGAUAUUUCAAAAACCGAUUCUUCAAUCGGAGUGGAAUCCCCUGAUCAUGUUCUACAUUCGGAUCUCCAAGACCCAAUCAAUAAACUGCAAACUUGGUCCCAACGUAGGGGAUUAGGCAUUCCGGUUUACAAACCUUACGGUGAAGUUGUUAACGAACAUAAUGGAAAUUUUACCGUCGGGGUUCUUAUCAAUGGCAGAUAUUACGGGCGUGGCAAGGCACGUAACAAAAAGGAUGCCAAAAAGGAAGCCGCCAUCAAUGCCCUUAAAUAUGUCACAUCAAAUGUAAACUUUAACCCCGGAGUAUUUAAACAAGUCACGACAAACAUCAACAAUGGAAUAAAAACAAUGCGAAAUGAAAUCCCUCCAAAUGUUUACCGAUCCAAUUCCGUGUCUUUGAAAAAUGGUCCCAUUAAUUCACGUACUGCAACUCACCCUAACAGACGAAGAUUUAAUUAG